AUGGCUGAAAUUUCAGAGCCAGAAGGCACUGUAAACUGGAAGGAAAGAUGUUUAACUCUGGAGUCACAGUUAAUGAAAUUUCGUCUCCAGGCAAGCAAGAUCAGAGAAUUGUUAGCAGAAAAGAUGCAGCAGCUUGAGAAACAAGUUAUAGAUGCUGAUCGUCAAGCAGAGAGAGCUUUUCAGCAGGUACAGGUCAUGGAAGAAAAAUUAAAAGCAGCUAAUGUUCAAACGAGCGAAUCAGAAACCAGGUUGUAUAAGAGGUGUCAAGAUCUGGAGCUCCUGAUACAAGAUAAAAAUGACAUAAUACAAAAAUUGGAGCAACAACUGGAAGAACAGAAGCAAGUAAGAUUGCAAGAAGCAAAAAUCAUAGAAGAAAAAGCAGCUAAAAUAAAAGAAUGGGUGACAGUCAAGCUCCAUGAGUUAGAGGUGGAAAAUCAGAAACUUCGCUUGAUCAACCAAAAGCAAACCAAAGAGAUGAAAACAGUACAAUCUAAACUGCAAGAAGCUACGGGCAAGAAAUCUGUUACUUCAACACAAAAACCUGGAGAGUGCCAGCGACUAAGCAGUUUGACAUUUGGAUGCUUUUCAAAUAGAGCAAGAAGUCCUCAACCAUCUCCUAAGUUUGAAGAAAUAAGCAAGUCUUCAUCUAAAGAGUCAGACUACACUGAAGGCGAAAACAUGCUAGAGAAGGAUAUCCUGGAAACUACCUUUGCUGGUCCUGCACUUGAAAGCAAUACAGGUCAGAAGUCAUUGCAACAAAGUUCCUCUGGAUCAGAGCAGAACAAAAAUGUGAGAACGAGCUGUUCAUCCAAAGAUAUAGACAGCGACAUGUCAAAGAACUCCUGCACUACCGGGAGUGACUGGAGCUCAGACGAGGAUGGAGGAGAAAAUAAAGGAUUGAAAUCCAGGUGUGCAUCGACUCUCUCAAGCCACACAUCUGAAGAGAACGCAAGGUACAGUAGAAUGGGGAGUGAAAUGUAUUUGACAGCAUCUGAUGACAGUAGUUCUCUAUUUGAAGAAGAGAGUUUUGGUGUUCAGAGGACUCAGCACAAGAAUUUGUACUCCUGGCAGCAAGGGUGCCAAAGAAAAGGCCAGAACAAUCCAGGUGGAAAGUGCAACUCAGACUUCACAAGUAAAAAGAAAGACCAAGAUAGUUCUUCAGAUGAACUCAAUAAGAAGUUUCAAUCUCAGAGGCUAAACUAUUCAUCCUCAUCUAGUGAGGCAAAUACCCCAAGUCCAAUUUUAACCCCUGCUCUGACACCAAAACACCCAAUUCUAGCAACUUCUGCAGGUUCUCCAUGCACAAUGCCAUCAGAUUCUCCCUCAAAUUUGCCACCUCCAAAGUUACGGACUCCUAAUGUGUUUAGUACAAAUUCAGCAUUAGCAAAGAAACAUCUAAGCCAGCCCCAGCUGAGUUCUGACAGAAUGUUUGGUAGAAAUAGAAAUGCCAUAAGCAUGAUACGUCCAUGGAGACCUCAGGAAACAGACAUUGAUCUGGUGGAUGGAGAAGAUAGUGGUAUUUUAGAGAAAAUGGAGAUUGGCUGUGAUGGAGUGUUUACCUAUGACUGCACUGAAGCACAAAAUUCUGAAGCCCAAGAACUUUGUGAUACAACAAAAAAAGGUGCUAGCAACAAACCUCCAACCCCUCCAUUACAUCGAUUUCCUUCCUGGGAAAGCAGAAUUUAUGCUGUAGCCAAAUCUGGUUUAAGGAUGUCUGAAGCUUUCACCAUGGAAUCUCUUAACAAAAGUGCUGUUUCACUAACUUCAUACUCCAUAUCCAGAUUAUAUACAUCCCUGAUAUAUAAGAACAUGACCACUCCUGUCUACACCACUUUGAAAGGGAAAGCAACUCAAAUAAGCAACAGCCCAUUUAUAGAUGAGUCGUCAGGAUCUGAGGAAGAAGACAGCUCUCGGUCCAGCUCAAGGACUUCUGAGUCUGAUUCUCGAAGCAGAAGUGGUCCGGGUAGUCCUCGGGCUAUGAAACGAGGGGUGUCUCUGUCUUCUGUGACCUCAGAAGGUGACUAUGCUAUUCCUCCAGAUGCAUGUUCAGUAGAUACAGACUAUUCGGAGCCAGAGCAGAAACUUCCUAAGACCUCCUCCUCAUCUAGUGAUAAUGGAAAAAAUGAACCUUUGGAAAAAUCUGGAUAUCUGUUAAAAAUGGGUGGUAAAGUAAAGACCUGGAAACGACGGUGGUUUGUGCUUAAAGGAGGUGAAUUACUAUACUACAAAUCUCCAAGUGAUGUCAUUCGAAAACCUCAAGGUCAAAUUGAGCUAAAUGCAUCUAGCCACAUUGAAAGGGGCGAUGGAAAACAAACAAUUCAGCUGACCACAGAAAAACGAACAUACUACCUGACUGCAGAUUCUCCCAACAUCUUAGAAGAAUGGAUCAAAGUACUACAGAAUGUUCUCAAAAUACAGGCUGCCAGCCCACUUUUCAUACAGUCUGAAAUCAAGCCAACCAUGAAAGGAUUACUUACAAAGGUGAAACAUGGAUAUUCCAAACGAGUUUGGUGUACCCUAGUUGGAAAAAUUCUGUAUUAUUUCCGUAAUCAAGAAGACAAGGUAUGUCCCUUACUUGUUUCCCCAGUGAAUGGAAGAUAA